AUGUUUCCCUCUUGCUGCUCAUGCUGUCCCAAUACUCACAUCGAUUUCAACUGUAUCUUUCAGAUCUUUGGUUAUCUGAAGCCUCGAGACCUGCUGCAUCUCGCCAGAUCGAACAAAGCAUUGAGGUCGUUUCUAAUGAACAGAUCUUCCGCGUUCAUAUGGAAGAAAGCCCGCAACUCCUUUGAGCCGCCAUUUCCGGACUGUCCACCCGAUCUCAGCGAACCCUCAUACGCAAAUUUGGCAUUUAGCCACCAUUGCCAUCGCUGUCUCAAAUUCACAAACACACGCGUCUUGUGGCAGUUCCGCGCUCGUUACUGUCCAUCGUGCACUACUUUGAUGUGA